UGCAUGCCCCUCCGAGCGCAUGAAAUGAGAAGAGCAUGCUGAGACCCUCUUGCGCCCAAUUCUUCCCGUUCCUGACGGUACAUUCGCGCAAUGGCCGGUUCUUUUUUCUUUUCUUUUUUUUUUCUCUCUCUCUUUAUGCUAUUUCACUUUCUCUCUCUCUCUUUUUUAAUUUUUUUCUUCUUGUCAUCAUUGUCAUCUUUCGCAUUUUUGUUGUUAUUGAUAUCGCCCUUCGGCCCGCCCAAUCCUCACGACCCAAACGGAUCCUGUCCUGUAACUCGAUGACCGACCUGCAUUGUCAUCCAGAAGCUUGCCUCAAGUGCCCGCCCUCCAAUGCUCCGGUAAUAAGCAAGCCCUCCAAUGCUCCGGUAAUAAGCAAGCCCUCCAAUGCUCCGGUAAUAA